AUGAUUACAAGAAAAUAGGGAAGAGAUCAUUAGAAUAAAACAAAAUUAGAAAAAUCUAAACAAAAAUUAAGUUUAUCAUCUGUCAAUACUAGUUUAUCAUAAGAAUUAUAAGAAAGUGUUUUAUUAGAGAUGUUAGAUUUACUUAAUAUAGGUAAUAGAUUAUAAGUUGAAACUGAUUUUUAAGAAUCAUCCUUAGAUCCUUAAAUUAAAAGAAUUGAAGAUUUUAAUUAUACCUAUUAUAGUGAAUGUUUAUAAGUAUUACUUUUAGAUUAGAAUGAUUCUAGUCAAUGUUUAUCUAAUCAUAAAAUUAGAGAAUGGGUAAGAGGAAAGAUGGUUGAUUGGAUGAUAGAAGUAUUUGCAUCAAAUAAUAUAUAAUAUUCAAAUAAUGAUCUUACAUUUUUUAGAGCUGUUAAUUUAUUAGAUGCAUAUUUAAGAAACUCUUACAAUUUAAAUGAUUCAGACAUGUAUUUGAUUGGAGUUACUUGUAUAUUUAUUGCAUCUAAAAUUGAGGACAUUUAUCAAAUUUCUAUUAGAAAUAUUGUAUAAGAACUUGCUCACAAUAAAUACUCAUCAUUUCAAAUUAAGGAACAAGAAUCAAUUAUUUUAGAAACAUUAAAUUAUGAUACAUGUUUUCCUACUGUUAUUGAUUAUUUAUAAUUUUUAAGUUUCUAAUUAUUUGGAUUAUCACAAAAGUAUAAUAAUUUAUAAUUAUAACAGUCAAGCUAUUUAAAUAAUUUAAGAAACAGCUGUNUAAAAUUAUUAACCACACACCUGCCUGCUAAAAAACUAUUGUAAUAUUUAAUUUAUCCUAUUUAUGUAUGAU